AAGGUCUACAUUCAUACAUUAGAAAUGCACUAGCUAACUUAGUUAAUGAACGUGAUCAAGAUGAUAAAAUUGAAAUAAAAGAUCAUUCUGAAUAUUCGUUGGAAGGUAUAGAUAUGGAACUUGAUAUUGGUGAACAAUUAUUAGAAACAUUAAGAAAAAUUUGUCCGACAUUAUAUGGAAUAUGUGAAGAAUGUCAGCAGCCAAAUACAG